AAUUAGUUAAUUUAGUAUUCCCUGAAAAUCCAUCUGCGAGGUCCAUCUCUGGUACAAAAAGGACAAUUGCCUGACAAAUCUUCGCCGUAUGUUUUCUAAGUAACAGCGUGUUGGGUGGUUGUUUGUCAUAUUUGACGCUGUUCUUCUUCACCUUCAAGCAGAAAGUAACGUAGUCUCAUACAUUAAUAUUCUUGUUUGGUCUUUGGAAGAGGAGGAGAAAAAGAAAGGGAGGGAGAGGGAGGAGAAAAAGAAAGGGAGGGAGAGCGCUUUGUAUAUUCUUCUUCUUGUUUCUUGUUCUUUUUUUCUUGCACUUGUUUUUGCUACAUAAAACAGUAAUUACUCGUCUAAGCCGCUGCCUAUGGCCACAAGAGGGUUGGUAGUCUAUUUGCUAUCUUGUUUUUCUCUGGCUGUUCUCUCUGCAAUCGUCCUCGCCGACAAAAAUGCCGGAAACCCAUCAAACUCCACCCUACUCAGUUCUCCAUACAUGUCCACCACCGAAAAAGUUUGGCCAAAAUUGGAGCUUAGUUGGAGACUGGUGUUGGCUACGGUGAUAGGAUUUCUGGGAUCGGCAUGUGGAACUGUGGGUGGCGUUGGCGGCGGAGGCAUUUUCGUGCCUAUGCUUACUUUGAUUGUUGGAUUUGAUACCAAGUCUGCUGCUGCCAUCUCCAAAUGUAUGAUCAUGGGGGCAUCAGCAUCAUCAGUUUGGUACAAUUUAAGAGUUCCCCAUCCAACAAGGGAAGUGCCCAUUAUAGACUAUGAUUUGGCUCUUCUCUUUCAGCCCAUGCUCAUGCUUGGCAUCACCAUUGGUGUUGGCUUGAGUGUUGUCUUCCCAUAUUGGCUAAUCACUGUCCUCAUCAUCAUACUCUUUUUAGGCACCUCUUCCAGGUCUGUCUUUAAGGGAAUUGAAAUGUGGAAGGAAGAAACAAUCUUGAAGAAAGAAAUGGCUAAGCAACAAGAAACAGUGGUUAACUCUAGGGGAGAACUUCUUAUUGAUACAGAGUAUGAGCCAUUGGUUCCUAGAGAAGAGAAAUCAGAAUUUCAAAUUCUGUGCUUCAAUCUUAAGUGGAAAAGGCUUUUGGUGCUGCUGCUUGUUUGGGCUUCUUUCCUCCUCCUCCAGGUUUUCAAGAAUGAUGUGGCAGUUUGCAGCACAUGGUAUUGGGUGCUCUUUUGUUUACAGUUUCCCAUAGCACUUGCAGUGUUUGGAUAUGAAUCAGUCAAAUUGUACAAAGAACACAAGAAAAGGCUUAGCACAGGCAAUACAACAUCAAUUUGUGAGGCUUCAAUUGAAUGGACCCCAAUGCAUAUUGCUUUCUGUGCACUCUGUGGCAUCAUAGGAGGCACUGUUGGUGGACUACUUGGUUCUGGUGGUGGAUUCAUCCUGGGCCCACUACUUCUUGAGAUUGGUGUCAUCCCACAGGUUGCCAGUGCAACAGCAACGUUUGUGAUGUUGUUCUCAUCAUCUUUGUCUGUGGUGGAGUUCUAUUUGCUUAAGAGAUUCCCAAUACCCUAUGCUUUAUACCUCAUGGCAGUGUCUGUUCUGGCUGGCUUCUGGGGACAGUUCUUUGUCAGGAAGCUAAUUACAAUACUUAGAAGAGCUUCACUUAUUAUUUUCAUCCUUUCUGGGGUCAUCUUUGCUAGUGCUCUCACCAUGGGAGUCGUUGGAAUUGAGAAGAGUAUAACAAUGAUAAAGAAUCAUGAGUUUAUGGGAUUCUUAGGAUUCUGCAGCAGUCAAUGAUCGUUGGCUAAUGCUACAUACAUAUUCUUUCGAAUGGGAAACUUAAUGAAGCUAGAAAUUAAAUUAUAGAUGAUUAUGCAUGAAUUAAAAUAAUUGGCUAGGAAAAAAAAUCAAGAAAAGCAAUUGGAUGCAUGGUUGGUCAGCACCUAGUUGACCAACCCAAUUCAAAAUUGUCUUUGCAAGAAUAAAGAGUGUGGGAUUUGAAGUGUGUUUGUAAAAUGUUGUGAGUGUUAGCUGCUGGCUGACACCACCAAUUCUAGAUUUCAUUCAUUAAUAUUUGUGUUUGUAUCUGUGAGUGUGUCAGCUACUGGCUGACACUAAUUGAAUAAAUAUAUUUUGCUGCAA